AUGACAGAAACUGGCGCGCAGCUGUUUGCUCGACUGGACGGGCGUUGCGGCGUCGGCGACAUCGAGCCUCGCCUCUUUCCUCCAGACGGCGAACACGCACCCGGAGGCAGACCCGGUGCGGUCGUGGAGCUUUACGGCACGGAGGGAACGGGUAAGACGGAGCUGCUCUACCACUUCCUGUGCCGCGCCGCGCUCCCCGCCGAGGCCGGCGGACUCCGCCUACGGACGGUCUUGGUGGACACCGACUCCAGUCUGGACAUGUUGCGGCUGGUCGCCGUCCUGGACGCCAAGCUCGUCGCCGCCGGAGCGCCCGGUUCGCCGUCGUCCCGCGACGCGGGCGUGCGCGACUGCCUGUCCCGCCUGCUGGUGGCGCACUGCCGCUCUUCGCGCGAACUCCUCUUCACGUUCCACGCGCUGGAGGCCCGGCUGGCGUCCGAGCCCGGCCCGGCGCUACUCUUUCUGGACAGCGCGUCCGCCUUCUAUUGGUUGGACCGCGGCGAGGGCGGGGCCAGCGCGGCCAAACGGGAAGAGAAUCUGAGCCGGUGUUCGCGGCUGUUGGCUCGACUGCUCGGGGAUUACGGAAUAAGCGUGUUGGCCACCUGCCACGCCAACAGGAGGCGCCGCGGCCCGUCCUCCUUCUCCGACCUGUGUCGCCCUUGGCAACAGCUGGUCACCCAUCGCGUGCUCUGUUCCAGACGAGAAGCCGACCCCGCGGGGGGCCGCAGAAGUCACGUCUUCAGCGCGCGCUGCACGUCGUCCGGAAGUAAAGUUUACCGAAGCUGCUCGUUCCGCGUGGGUGACGGCGGCCUGGAAUUUCUUUGA